AUGGAUUUAAAAUACUGUUUUAUAUUACUGUUUGGUAUCAUAAAUGAGGUACUACAAGUCUCAGGAAUUGCACCUAAAGGUCAUCCUAGAGAGAUGAAAACAAAAUCAGUGGAAAAAAAUCUUAUCAGAAUGUUAUUAAAUCGAUAUGAACAAUUUGGUGUAAUUGGACGACCAGUAAAUGACAGCAAAAUUAAAGUUGAUGUUCGUUAUGGAUUACAACUUUUCCAAAUUUUGGAUUUAGAUGAAAAUAAACAAAUUUUACGAACUAAUUGUUGGUCGAUGUAUAAAUGGACAGAUUCUCUUCUUCGUUGGAAUGAAAGUGAUUACGGAAAUAUCAAAACAGUUCGAAUAUUCCCUUCACAGAUUUGGACGCCGGAUAUCAAACUGUAUAAUUUUGCUGAUGAACGCUUACGUGAACACAGAGAUGCUCGUGUUGUAGUGUCAAGUAACGGAGAAAUGUUAUGGGUUCCACAAGCACUGUUUAAAAGUACAUGUGAGGUUGAAAUCACAUAUUUCCCGUUCGAUACACAAAUAUGUAUGCUAGAAUUCGGAUCUUGGACGUACGAUAAAACACAAAUGGACAUAUCAUGGUGGAUUCCAGAUUCACCUCCCAUAGAAGAAAUGCCAUAUUUAGAUUUCUCAGAUUACGUACCAAGUAAUGAAUGGCGUACGGAUGGCGAGAAAGAACGUGAAGUACACCAUGUCAACCGUACUAUACAAAUUCGAUCAGUUAAGAAACAUCGACGUCGAAGUCAAACUGUUGGUAACGAAGUGAUCACAAGAGAAUAUCCAGUUUUACGAUAUUUAAUACGUUUGAGAAGGAACCCGAGUUUUUAUGUAUUCAUGUUAGUGAUUCCAUGUGUGUUGUUAUCAUCUUUAACAUUGGUUGUAUUUUGGUUGCCUCCAGAAUCUCCAGCAAAAAUGAUGCUUGGUAUGAAUAUAUUUGUUGCAUUUUUCGUUUUACUCUUACUGUUGGCUGAGUCAACACCUAGUGCUGUGAAAAAUUUCCCACUAAUUGGAGUGUAUUUUUGUUUGAAUAUGAUUAUGAUCACACUGUCCACUUUCUUGGCAACUUUGGUGAUUCACCUUUAUUUUCGAGGCGAUCGUAAUGGAUCAGUUCCAUACGUUUUGAGAAGAAUUAUUAUAGAGGGUAUUGGACGACUCACAUUAGUACGGCAGCGAAUUCCUCUACCAGAAAUGAAAAAACCAAUUAGGCCGGCAAUAAUAAAACCUCACAAGAAGAUUCAAAUUCCAGGUAUGUCACCCAAUAAAAUUCCAACAAAUGAAGAAACAUACUGUGAGAAUGAACGUAUUAGACAUUUUGGAGGUGGGGCAUUUCAACAAUGCAAUAUGAUUGGUAGUAAUUUUUUGUAUGGAGAAGAACAAUUAGGAGGAGCUGCUAGUAAUUGGUUUGCUCCAAAUGAACGUCGUUCUGUCCCAAGAUACCCUAAUCAAUUCGAUUCUUAUCCAAUGGCCACACCAAUCAAUAAUAUACCUCAUAUACCGGGAAGUGCAGGAAAAUCAUCAGAAAAUGAGCCAGAUAAUGCAGUUAAUCAUGAUGAAUCACCAUCAGUUCUAAGUUCAACCACUACACUGGAGCGUGAUGUGAGAGAGUUGAAAAAAUAUGUCAAAAUGUUAGUUAACCGACAAAAGGAAACAGCUCGUAAAAGUUUAGUGGCUAUGGAAUGGCGCACUUUGGCUAUUGUCUUGGAUCGUUUAUUUUUCUUUAUUUACAUUACCACCAUAGUAAUUGCAGUAGUUGUUUCAGUACCACGAAGUACUGAACCAGAAGUUCCACCUGCAUUUCGCGAUGAUUAA